GACCGUCACCUCAGAGAUGUCGCAGAAUUGCAUCCCUUUGUGUGUGGUGAGCGACGGCUCGACGUUGAAGGCGCCGCUCUUUGUUUCCGGCGACCAGCACAAAUCCUUGUUCAGCAACUCUUUGGUGCCAGGCUGGUUUGUGAAGCCGGUCUCCAAAAAUGCGAACAUGCAAUAUUGCACGGACAAGAUGACGGUGACCUUCGAUUGCUUGAAGAGGGAGGGCGAAGCGGACGGGGGCACCAACACGUUCAAGAUUGACUUGCCUUUCCUUGCCAACCCUGAGCAAUUGCCGGAUGACGCAGACAUGAGCCGUCCGACCUGUCAAAAGCCCGAGGUAGGUUGCGAGUUGCUUCAAGUCGGUUAUAGGGCGGUUUGUGCAGCUUCCGGGCAGGAUGCAGGGCCAAAAAGGCUUGAUCCCAAGAACAAAGCUCUCAAGAGCGCGCAGCACCUGCUCAAGUAGCAGAAGAGUAGCAUUGUGGUCGCAACGC